CAGCAGCACCCGCAGCAGCACCCGCAGCAGCACCCGCAGCACUUCCAGCCGCACAUCCGAGCUCCCAUGAGGGUGACUCCUCCUCCCAGUCUCUCCCCGUCCCCUCCCGUGCAGCCCAUCUACCCUGUGGAUCCCUCACCGCCCCUCCCUGCCACCGCCGCCGCUGCCCCCACCAACAAACUCGACGAAGUCCUGGAGAAGCUCGGGGCCCGGUUCCCGCAGUGCAGCAGAGAUCAGCUGAAGUCGCUCCUCCAGCAGGUGAAGAGCUCCCGCGGCACGCUGGCCGGCAUGUCCAUGGAGGAGGUCAUCGAGCAGGUCGGCUUCAAGCUGACGCAGAACGAGCGCUCGGCCCCGGGGCCCAUCAGCCGGCCCAUGCCCCCCGGCCCCAUCCGGAGGCCGACGCCUCCCCCGCAGAGAGCGCCGGCGGCGGCGGCAGGUGGAGGUCAGUCUGUCGGGGCUCGUAAACUGUGCCUGAUGUGUCAGAACCACGUGGAUCCAGAGAGCCGCCACCCGCUGAGCUGCUCGCACGCCAUCCACCGAGACUGCAUCCGAGUGUGGCUGCAGUCCAGCAAGAACAACUCCUGCCCCUUCUGCCCCGCGAAGUGACGGGCGACAUGGCGAGCAGGCCGCGGGCAGGGCGGCGCCAAACACCACUGACGGCUGCAACACAUGGAUGUUCUUUCUCUAUAUAAAUAUGUAUAGAUAUAAAAAUCUAUUUUUCUGUAACUAACUUUUUUUUUUUUAAAAAAAUUAUAGUCUCAAGAUAUGCAAAUAUAAUGUCAGUAUAGCAUUGCAGUGAAAAAUAAAUAAAAUA